UACGAACGAUGCAAAUAUUAUUUAUAUUUUACGUUGCUCGAAAGUUACCUUUCUUUUUAUAAUCAUGGGUUAUUGAACUUUUUCUUUUUCAUUCCACUGCGUAUAACAGUAAUGAAAUUAACGUAUAUAAUCUGAUUAACAUCAUAAAUAAAAGAAAAUAAAUUCAGUUACCAAGUUAGAUAACAUGGAGAGCGUCACAAUUAUUUUCUACAGAGUAAACAAAUUACCUAGAUUUUUCGAUUUUCGUUCGUUAUGUUUUUUAAUCACGUUUCUUUUAGUAUAUUUAAAAAGAAGAAACCUACAAAAAUAUUUGUUUGCUCUUGUAUUUGGGAAGUACAUCGCUCCGGGAAUGACGAAAAGACUCCAUCCUUAUAAAAAAGAAUUAUUUUCGUCUCUGAAAGAAAUAAUAUCUCACGAUCCAAAACUGAAACAGCGGGGACGUAUAAGAAUUUUAGAAAUAGGAGUAGGGAGCGGUACCAACUUCCAAUAUUAUCCCGACAAUGCUCAUUUGAUUACGUUGGAACCUAAUACUUUCUUUGAGGAGUAUUUCAAAAGCAAUAAAAAUAAAUUUCCGCACAUAAAAAUCGAAAAAUUCCUUAUAGGUGAAGCUGAAACGAUACCGGAUAUAAAAGAUGGAUCCAUUGAUGCGGUCGUUUCUACUUUGGUAUUGUGUUCUGUAAACAAUCUAAAUGGGGUACUGGCAGAGAUAAAGCGAGUUCUGUGUUCGGGUGGAAAAUUUUAUUACUUGGAACAUAUCGGAUAUAAAAGUGGCACUUGGAAACGUUUCUUGCAAAAUUUUGUUGAAAUAUUCUGGCGCCCGGCCAAUGAUGGCUGUCGUUUGUGUGCUCCUAUUUCUGAAAGCAUCAGCGAAGCGGGAUUCAAAGAAAUUUGCGAAAAAGAAGUUUAUUUACAAGAAGAACUUUUUGUCCUCCGAAGAAAUAUUAUUGGUGUAGCUAUUGUUUAACAUAAUUAAUUAUGCAGUUUCUGUAAUUUUAAACUGUGAUAUGCAUUUUUGUUAACUUAAAUCA